AUGUCUUCUGAGAACGACACCUCCAACACCUCCGCCGACGCUGGCAAUUCUCACUUCACCGCCGCUGAGGUCAAGUUCGUCCUCGCCGCUCUCCAGCAUGCCGAGGGUGGAACUCUCAAGUUCGACUACGAUGCCGUGGCCGCUCAACUCGGCCUAAAGAACGGCAAGACAGCACGCGCCCGCUGGAAUACCAUCGCACGCACCAAGAUCAACAACGCCGCCUCAGCCGGUGGUGUUAGCAAGGCCGGCCCGUCCAAGAAGAAGGCUGCCCCGAAGAAGGCUGCUGGUGAGGAGCUUUACUAA